ACAGCCUGCAUGGCUCCAUGUUCCUUUUCUUGUCUUUGCCUUGCCACGUCACAUGAGAUUUUUGAGCUGCCCUGUCAGCACUUUUUGUUUAAAUAAAUACUUUUUUUUUGGAGCCUGGAGUCUGCCUGCACCCUGGGUUCUUUCCUACCUGCAAAUUCAUGACAUAAAGUCAAACAACACUCAAGGAUCAGGAACAGAGAAAUGCAGCAACAACAAUGGUCAGGUGACCUGCAACUGUGUACAAAAGGGGAGGAGAGAAGAACAAAUGGAUGGAGAGCAGAGAGAAAGUGGAGGAGGAAAAAGCAGGAUUGUUCCCUCAAAAACGGAAGUCUCUUUUGCUACAAGCUUUUAUUUUCAAUAAAAAUAAAAAGAGGACACUGUGUGACGAGAGCAACAUUGUAACAUUACAUCUGUAUGACUGUAAUGAGAAUUCUCACUUUUGUCUCUUAAAACAGAAAUAAUUACUUUUUCAGGAUUUUUUCUCUCUAAAUCCCUCUGUUAUUUAGUUCCACCUUUGCUAUGGAGAAGACGUAUUCAUUAACUGCCCAUUACGAUGAGUUCCAGGAAGUGAAAUAUGGCGGUCGCUACAGUAGUGACAUCCUCAGCAAUGGGAUGACCCUCCACCUAGGGGGCAGCCUGGAUCGUCAUGUGGGUCGAGGAAAGGAAGGGACCUGGUCAAACAGUCGAAACAGAGAUCUUAGCAGCAACAGCAGUGGCGGUGGCCUUCCUCGCUGGAACAGGAGGGAGAUCUGCCUCCUCUCAGCUCUGGUUUUUGCUGCAGGCGUAUGUGUCAUCCUGGGAAGCAUGUUGGCACUCAAGUACGUUUCUCUAGAUUCCCAGCAGGACCUGCAGUGCAGACAGGACUGCCAACACAAACGCUCCCUUCUGCGGGCAGCUCGCUUCGUUCAGGCCAAUAUUGACCCGACCAUCCAGCCCUGCCAGGACUUCUACUCCUUUGCCUGUGGUGGCUGGUUGAGGCGUCACGGAAUCCCUGAGGACAAACUCAGCUACGGCAUCAUCACGGCUAUAGGAGAACACAACGAGGAAAAACUGCAACGCCUCCUGCAGGAGCCGAUUCGUCGGCACGGGCCCAACUCGGCAGAGCGCAAGGUCAAAGAGUUCUAUCGAUCCUGUGUCAACAUCCAGGAGAUUGACAAACUGGGGUCGAACCCCAUGACAGAGGUGCUAAACAGCUGUGGAGGGUGGGACCUGGCGGGGGCUCCUCCUGGUGCUGCUGGCUGGGAGAGGGAGGGUGCCCCACUGAGGCCAGACUUUAACGAGCUGCUUUACAGGACACAAGGGGUGUACAGCACGGCUGUCUUCUUCUCACUUACUGUCAAUGUGGACGAUAAAAACUCCUCCAGGAACGCCAUCCGGAUUGAUCAGGAAGGGCUGACGCUGCCAGAGAGAAGUCUCUACCUGGGACAGGAUGAGGACAGUAUGAAGAUCCUGGCGGCGUAUAAGGCCCUGAUGGAGCGCUUGCUGAGCAUGCUGGGAGCUCACAACGCCACACAGAAGUCCAAAGAGAUUAUACAGCUAGAGACGCGGCUGGCCAAUAUCACUAUGUCAGAAUAUGAUGACCAAAGAAAAGACAUCAGCACCAUGUAUAACCGCAUCGCCCUCAAGCAGCUGCAGCGCAUUGCUCCUAGUAGUUCUCCAUAACUACAUGCUGUGGCGCAUCGUGGCGGCGCUAAGUGAACACCUGUCCACUGCCUUCAGAAGCACCAUCCAUGAGUUUUCUCGUGAAAUUGACGGCACAGAGCAGCAGCUGGAACUGGGCAGGCUCUGCCUCACUCAGGCCAACAAACACUUUGGCAUGGCCCUGGGGGCGCUGUUUGUCCAGCAACACUUUUCUACUCAAAGCAAAGCCAAGGUACAGGAGCUGGUAGAGGACAUAAAGCAUUCCCUAGAUCUUCGUCUGCAGGAGUUAGACUGGAUGGAUGAGACCACCAAAGAGGCUGCCAGAGCAAAGCUCAAGCACAUGAUGGUAAUGACAGGAUACCCAGACUUCUUGCUCAAAUCUGAGCUCAUUGAUCAAGAGUAUGGGUUUGAUGUGAGUGAGAAGACCUACUUCAAGAACAUCCUCAACAGCAUCAAGUUCAACAUCAAGCUGUCUGUCAAGAAAAUACAUGAAGAAGUGGACAAGACAGCGUGGCUUCUCCCCCCACAGGCCCUUAAUGCCUACUACCUGCCUAACAAGAAUCAAAUGGUCUUCCCUGCCGGCAUCCUUCAGCCCACCCUCUACAAUCCUGAAUUUCCACAAUCUCUAAACUACGGAGGAAUAGGAGCUAUCAUUGGUCAUGAGCUAACACAUGGAUAUGAUGACUGGGUGAUGAAAUGGUUCAUGUCCCUAGGGGGCCAGUACGACCGCCAUGGCAACCUCAAACAGUGGUGGACUGAAGAGUCUUACAGAAAGUUCCAGAGAAAGGCUGAAUGCAUCGUCAAGCUCUACGAUAACUUCACUGUGUAUAACCAGAGGGUGAAUGGCCGUCUGACACUGGGUGAAAACAUAGCAGACAUGGGAGGACUAAAGUUAUCAUACUAUGCAUAUCAGAAAUGGGUGAGGGAAAAUGGUCCAGAGAGACCCCUGCCUGUCCUGAAAUACACUCAUGAACAGCUGCUCUUCAUUGCUUUUGCACAGAACUGGUGUAUGAAGAGAAGAUCUCAGUCCAUCUACCUGCAGCUUCUGACUGACAAACAUGCACCAGAGCACUACAGGGUAAUUGGCAGCGUGUCCCAGUUUGAUGAGUUUGCUCGUGUUUUCCACUGUCCCAAAGGUUCCCCAAUGAACCCCGUGGAUAAAUGCUCUGUUUGGUGACCUCUCUCACUGUGUCCGGCCUGAUGACCCACAGUUUUUAAGCUCUGACUGAAACAGAUCCUUCUUCUCGUACAUUGCAUCAUUCACCACAGCCAACAAAAUGAUAGCGUAUUAACACAUUUCCCUGCAGACAAACAUCAAUUUUAUAACUAAAGGUUACGACCACAGUUUGUGUACAUACAUCAUGUGAUUACAAAUAUUUUUCUAAUUUUAACAUUUAUUUUGAAAUCAUCUAUUUUUCUAUUUAGCAAAUAUCUUAGACAUGCAAAGCUCAUUAGUUUUAUUUAAGAACCAUGUUUUUUUUAUUUCUUUAAAAAACUGCAAAUAAAGGUUCCUCCUUGUA